AUGCAGCCGUGGGAGGAGAAAUUCCUCGAGUUGGUGUUCCACAACGACCUCCCCAAACCUCCAGGCUUGAAGACUUAUGCCAAUGCAGAACGCAGUUUCGUUCUCAUCACCAUCUACGUGGCCAUCAACAUGGGGAAAUUCAAUCUCCUUGAACAAAGAGUCUACCUGGGCCUGGCAGUGGUGUUAUGCAUCGGGCUGACGAUCGUGAGUGCGGCUGGGCUGUGCCUCUACAUUGGGUACAUCCCGACGGAGAUUCACAAUCUGAUGCCUUUCCUCAUCCUCGGGAUCGGCAUCGACGACUCCCUCGUCAUCAUCCAGUGCCUGGAGAACGUGGUGUCAAAAGAAAGGACUUUGAACCCGGAGAAACGAGUGGGAGAAGCGUUGAGGCAGGCUGGAGCCUCCAUCACCAUCACGUCCAUCACGGACGUCUUUGCCUUCGCCAUUGGAGCCACUACGAGAGUACCAGUGCUCCGGAGCUUCUGCAUCUACACGACCGCCGGGAUUUUCAUCGUCUACGUCAUGACCUUGAUAUUCAUGGUCCCGAUUCUGUCUCUGGACGAAAGGAGACGAGACAGCGGGAGGGAAGGAUGCUUGUGUAUUCGCUUGCCAGCCGACUACAAGAAGAACAGUUGUUCCCAAAAGCUCCUGCUCGAAGCUAUUUUCCGCAGGAUCGUCAGGCCUUUGCUUGUCAAAACUCCAGUGAAGGUCGUUGUGGUGCUACUUACGAUGAGUCUCUUGGGUCUCAACUGUUGGGGAUUGUCUGGGUUGAAGAACGACUUCGACAGAACCUGGUUUUUUAAUCCGGGAUAUCAGAGAGACUUCGUGUCCGCUGUGCUUGAUCUCUUUCCAGAAAGCGGCUAUAGAGCUGACUUUUAUCUUGAGGACUAUCCGAAAACCGAAGCAGCAUUCGAGCAGAAGCUUUCCACCUUUCUGGUCUUUACCAACCAAGGACGGAAAUUCAUAAGCGAUCUUCAAUACACCGGGAACCUCUUAACGGACUUCAACCUCACCGCUUCGAGAGGUAGGUACCAACACAUUUAUUUCAACACCAGGGAAGAAAAACGACAGGGACUCCACGAGGUGGAAGAGGUUCUGCACGGAGUCCAAUUCAAGGGGAGAGAUCCAUUCAGAGGGAUCCUCACUGUAGAGUACCUUGUCAUCCGAUCGAAGGGAGCAAGCGGUUGUAUCCGAGGAGCUGCUGAGGAAUCUCGGUCUGACUUUGGUCGGAGUUUUCGGGGUGAUAUUGGUGCUGAUUGGAGACCUACUGGUCUCUAUUUGGGUUUCUCCUGCAUUCUUUUCACCCUGAUCGGAAUCGCAGGCAGCAUGCGAUUCGCCGGUCUUACCAUCGAGCUCAUGUCGUCAAUACUUCUCAUCUUGUCUGUCGGCUUGACGGUCGACUAUUCCACGCACAUCGCUCACAAAUACUUGGUCAUCUGGUUUUCGGUGAUAUAUGGAUUGUAUCACGGAUUGGUUUACCUGCCGGUGAUGUUGAGCUGGUUUGGUCCACAAGCUUUCGUUGACUUGCUGCAUUCAACCAAGAAUAGCUCUAACCAGAGCGGCCUCGAUCUCGGUCAAGAGGAGGCUUCAGAGACGCCUGACGCCAGAAUGACAUAUCUUGAAGUGUAA